AUGUCAUGGAAAGAGCAUCUAGAAGCGAUUAACAGUGAAAUGGCUAAAUCGCUUGAAGACGUCAUCAAGAACUCCACCGAACCAAUCACGAUCUUUGUGCCUCCCAGUGAUAAUGAUACGGUACUGUUUUCUUCAAUAUUAGAUUUUCAUUUGAAGGUCCUGACUGCCGAGAUGUCAAAAAACCACGUGGUCAUCGGAGACGUUUUGGAAGAUUUCCAGCAAGCUUCUACCAUUAGAACAGAAGCUGGAUCUAAGCCACAACGUCGUCGUCGUGGGCAAAUUGCCUGUUCUAGAAUCACCUCGGAAAGUGUGAAAGGUUGUCGAGCGGCGCUUCAGUUUAUUGAUAAGGUAGAUGCGUUUACAGUGCACUUUUUGAGAAUUACUCCUCAAAUAAAGAAGUCCCUUCCUUGA